GUGACUUGCGCCUCCGAGUCCUCGUGGAUAGGAAACGUUGUUCUCUGCGUUAUUUUCGGUGGCCUACCGGCUCUUGGAGCCAAUUUAUAGCAAGCCAUCAUUUCUCCACGGCCUCUUUAGAUUGGUUAAAGAUCGAUUUACUUGAUAAUAUCGCCUUGCCCUCAGAAUCUCACCAGUUGGUCUUCGUGUUAUACAGAACCAUCUGCCAACGCCACAUUCCAGGAACCGCAUAUCAUAUCAUCCAUCUGUACAUAUAUCAACAGCACUUUUUGCAUCUGUCCACCACUUGCCAUCAGGACUCAUGACUGAGUAUGAUUAUUCCCCUGCAGCAUGGGAGCAUUAUGUUGCUCAACAAGCUCGGGUUUCAAACUGGGUAUCCCAGACAACUGCUCAGGCGCAUUGUUAUUCCAAUCCAUUUGCCAUGUCGCCCACAAUGCGCGACCGCUCGUUCUAUGAUGAGCCAGGUGGAAGGCAGCAGCGCCCUGCGCCCAGCCGCUCGAAAACUUUCAAUAUCGCUCCUGCGAGACAGGAAGAACCAUAUAGGCACAUAUCUUCUCGUUCGCGUUCAGCCUCUCACCCGCAGCCCGUCGAAAUGUGGUCGUACCCCCACUCUAGUCGUACCACCUUACAAACUACAUCACAUUCUCGUACUGGCUCAACACGCAAGCCACCAUCACGCUCGCAAACUUUACAAGUCAUCUAUCCGCCACCUGCAGCUCCUACACAUCAUUACCAACGCACCCAGCCUUAUCCUUAUCCGCAGAAGCAAUCGCAGCCCGUGCGGGAAUACACAUCUCCGACAUAUUAUUAUCCGGAGCAGUCCCACGGAUCUCACCAGCGGACGAUGUACCACCCACCUCCGCGCCCAGGGCAGUCGCAUCACAUGCCUAACAGUCGUUUGCAGUAUCAGUAUGGGCCACCAGCUCAGAAGAAGCCGCAACCUCUUUUCAAGCGCUUGCUAGGAUUCAUGUCACCUGGUUCAAGCAGUGGAAGGGGCGGACCGGUGAAGCAUCGUAGCUCGGGGAGACGCUCAUCUUAUUGAAGACCGAGCACAUGCCGGAGUUCCGUUGCAUAUCUUGUUCAUUAUCAUAGAGUCACUGGGCUCACCAGCAUACAUUUUAUAUAUUAUUAAAUCUGGGCGCUGGCGUCUACUUAACGUUCCUUGAUAUAUUUCGCAAACGAUUCACAUUCAUUGUACAUUCUAAACAUCACAUUCAUUCUGUACAUUUACGCAUUGUAAUGAUUUGACGCACUUGAUGCCCCACUCUAGUAGACGAUAGGUAGCAUAAUCACCUUGCUGCAAUCAUAUGUCAAGAGUGCAUGCUUUCAUUUUGAUUACAUUGAUCAGC